AUGAGAGUCUUAUUUCGAAGAAGACUAGCUCCGUUAGUCACAGUGUCUCAGUCAAACAAUGGUGGCAUUACAGAGUCGUGUAAUGCAACAAAAGUUAACUAUGAAAAUUAUGACUACUGGACACUACAACAGACAGAUUCAACUGAGCCGAAGUGUACUUCAGGUAACCAACCCUUCAAUGCAAGUAAUAGUUUACUAUCUCAAACGCUGACAGAAACAGCUAAUCCAAACGAUGAAUUAGCGAAUAUGAAAUGUUGUACCAUUGAGACAACUGAAGACUGUGCACAGAUGGAUGAAUUAAAGCCCUGUGAAGUAGAAGAUAAAUCAAAUUCUCUUGAUAAUGAAUCAUUAGAGACAACAUCAACAACAACGACAACAACUACAACCGCUGAAACAACAGACUGCUCUAAUCCUGAACAAUUACAAAUACCUGGAAAUGAUGAAUCCCAUCAUACAGACAAUCAUAACAAUACAAUGUCUAAAAGCAAUGAACUUAAUAAAACAGGAAUAACACAAAGAAAAAUUUCAAAAUCAUCGUCUUUUUCUGUUACAACAAAUGUUAUUAGCCAACGUAAAUCAAUACAACAGUGUAAAACUGAACGUUAUCGUAGCGUUAUAGAAUCACUUACAGGUGUUGGUAAAGCCACUCAGCUGUCAUUGGAACGUUUAAAAGCAGCUAGAGAUGAAGUGGAUGAAGCGAUAAAAAAUCGAAAAAUAUUUUCAGUACUUGGUCCAUAUAAUCCUAUAAGACAAGCAUUGAGGACACGUGGUUGGGUUGAAAAAUUCGAUACUAAUAAUGGAUCCACAGGGCAAAAUGCACAGGAGACGAGUAAAUCAGUGCGAUCUGUCAAUGAUAAUAAAACUUCACGAAGUUGUAAUUCUUUACAAAAUGACACAACAAUGGAGGACUCUGAAGACGGUGAUUCAGACGACGAUGUAACUGCAGCAAAUGAAGAAAAGCAACGCGUUCAACCAUGGGAGGAAGAUGAUGGAUACUAUGGGAUAAUGUCCCGUAUGGUUCGUUCUGAAAUACCAAGAUUUAUUUGGUCAUUACGUAAAAGUCAAGUGGAGUUUCGUUAUCUUCAAAAGGAUCAGAUGAUCAAUCAUCAUAGUGGUGCACCGUUUACGACUAAGGUUGGUUUAUGUCGACAAUUGCGUAAUAUUAGAUGGUUUGCUGAUUGUGAUGCUGACCGAUUUUUUCCACGUUGUUUCAUUAUUAGCGAAGAAGAAGAUCGUCAAGCCUUCAUUAAUGACUUUAAAUUGACCGCUUGCAUAUCCUUGGUAAAAAUGGUCGCCAGCCUGACAGUUGAUAUCUAUCAGCCAGAAACAGGUGCAACAGUUAUGUGUGAUGUUGAAGAUACUGUGGAAGCUAAGAAUGUUGAUGGUGAUGGUGAUGACAGUCAUGAAGAGAAUAAUAAAGUUGAUGUCAAUUCUUUGAAAAGUGAAAAUAUCUCAGUGAAUGAUGUGUACGAAGAUAGUAUUCUAUCUUUCCAAGAUAAUACAAUAUCGUCUAAUAAUUCAUGGAAUAUUGACUCACCACCGAAUGAUUCAUCAAAAAUAAUUGAAAUACCAAACGAAAUUAUAAAUUUUGCUAUAUUUCAAUGUCAAGAAUUUCUACGAUUUAAGCACAAUGAUGAUUUGGAUAAAUCAAAAAAGCAGUUUCUAGCUCCGGAACAUCCAUGGGAUAGAUUUCUCUCUUGGUAUUAUCACAUAGUAAAGACGCCUCAAUUACUUAUGAAUGCUAAACAUCUCUCACCUCAUUGUCAUCAAUUGUGUAAACUACUGAAAAAAUGCUGUCCACAAUUCGAUAUGGACGGGGUACGCAAUGUAUGGAUUGUGAAACCUGGUGCUAAGUCAAGGGGGCGUGGUAUUGUUUGUCUUGAUCGAUUAGAAGAUAUUUUGAAAAUUGUUCAAGGUACUGUAUUUCUUGCUGAAGCACGUUAUAUUGUACAGAAGUAUAUUGAACGACCAUUAUUGAUAUAUAAGACAAAAUUUGAUAUACGACAAUGGUUCUUAGUAACUGAUUGGGCACCAUUAACUGUAUGGUGGUAUCAAGAUUGUUAUUUAAGAUUUUGUUCUCAAGAAUUCACAUUGGAUAAUUUCAGUGAGGCAAUACAUCUUUGCAAUAAUUGUAUACAACAUAAAUAUAAAAAUGGGCCUAGAUCAUCUGAAUUACCAGAUGAAAAUAUGUGGACAUGGGAACAAUUUCAAACAUGGUUAUGUAAACAAGGACAUCCAAAUAUAUGGAAAGAAAAAAUUCAACCGUCAAUGAAAAAUGCUGUUUUGAAUGCAUUACUAUCUGCACAGGAAUUAAUAGAGCCUAGAAAAAAUUGUUUUGGUCUGUAUGGUGCAGAUUUUCUUUUAACCGCGGAUGACUUCAGACCAUGGCUUAUUGAAAUCAAUUCAAGUCCGUGUAUGUCGCCAAGUACAUCUGUAACAGCUGUUUACACAGCUAAUGUUCUGGAGGAUACACUUAAAGUUGUUUUAGAUAGAAAAUACAGUCGAAACUCUGAUGUAGGACGUUUUGAACUACUGUAUAGACAACAUUUUCAUGCUUCAUCUAGCCUGUACACAGGUAUGGAGUUGUAUGUGACUGGUUCACGGAUUGUUAAACCACAACAACAACAACAGCUGGAUAGUACAACUGCAUCUCGUUGUUUUUGUUUGAAUAAAACAACACCCAGUCUCGAUCAACAGACAGUAUCAAUUCCAGAGAUCAAUAUCACUGCAACAUCUGUCAAUGAUAAUGGAGUUUCUUCUCCUGUUAUUGUUGGUCAUAUCAAGUCACAUAGCAGAAAAGAAAUGAAAUCAUCAAAUCUACAAUCUGAUUUUACAGACACAAUAACUAUCCAAAAAGAGACGAACAUUUUAUGGCCUACUGCAACGCAUAAACAGCAUGCCAUUCACAAAUCAACUCCAACAAAUCUAAAUGUAAAAGCUUCGCUGAAAUCCUUACAAAUAACUGGUGGUAUUUCACAGUCAAAGUUUUCUAAAAAUGGAUUAAAAGACAAUAAUAUGAUAAAAUCCACCUCAAACAUUGAAUAUUUAACUGAAACUAUUGAACACAAGAAUGACGCAAUAAACAAAAGUCUUCUAAUAUGCACUGAAUCAAAAUGUCCACAGAAACCAUCAUCACAAGACGCAAUAGGUGUACUGAAUUCAUUGACAAGGUCGGAUGAAUAUUUGACAGCUGGUGUUAAAAUUUCUCAUGUCUCCAGUCAAUCACAAAUAAGCUUAAGGCAUAAAUGUGAACCUAUAGGACUGGAGAAAACCAGUCAUACACCUUUAUCCUCAACGAAUAUGCAAACAAAUAAUGAAACGCCAUUAUUAGUAUUAUUACCACAUAAAAUACAUAAAACACAAAAUUCACUAACUUGUAUAAAACAGAGUAAAGCUAAGCCAUCCAUUAAAACACAACGACUUUCAUCAACAAAUGAAAUCAAGACAGAUAAUUCAAGUAUUAAAACGUUGAACAAUAUCACUCCGCCAAAUUCUACUUCAUUUGACAAUAAACUCAAUAAAUCUUCAGAUGAUAUUAUUAUGAAAUCUUCUCAUCUUCGGUAUAAUGGAGAUAGUCGAAAACAAUCGAUAGGUAAAGUCAACGCAAGCAAUAAACUUCCAGCAAUUGUUACAGUCAAGUCGAAUUCACCCAGCCGAUCUAGAAAGCAUCAAGUAACAGCUGCUGAUCAUAAGACAAUGAAUAAGAUUCAUAAAAUACCUGGAUUUGUCAGUCGUGUUAAUCAUAAAGUGAAAAUGAGUAUUAUACACUUUAAUGGUAAAAAUGUUAGUAUAGAUUAUGACUGCUCAUCAUUAUACCACAAUGAUAUGCAUAGACAUUCACGUAGAAAGACUAUUAUAUUUCGUAAAUUAAAAAAUAUGAAAAUCUCAUCCAGCUUACAAAAAAAGAUAUCAAUUAAACAAUCAACAUGUUUAAAUAGCCAUGAUAAUAAACCGCUGAAUUCGAAUAAGCUUUGUAAAGAUCAAAAUAUGAUAUAUGAUGAUUGUGUUGAUGAUGAUGAUGAAGAUGAUGGUGAUGACAUCUUGUCGAAAUCAGCUCAAAAACAAAAUUCUAGUGAUUCUGGAAUUGAUGAUGGAAGUACAAACGAAUCGAAAUCUUCACACCUAUCCGACAAACCUCUUACGACUGCCAACAACAAAGGGAUAUUUCAUGAUGACUCGUUUAACACUUCUGCACAAUAUACCCAAAAGGCUCCAAUUCCAAGCAUAAGUGUGAUAAACAUGCAUCCUUGUAAAAAACUCAAUUUAAAAUUCUUUACGCGUAACUCAGUUGAUCAGUAUCAAAGAAAGUAG